ACAAAAUGGCUACUUCACAUCUCAAAACACUUCCGCUAUUUGAGAGCUGACAUUAGUUUGUCUAUAUCUGAUCUUUUAUACACAAUAAUUCACUGGGAUGGCUAUGGCUGAAAGAAAAUUUGUUGUAGGUUUACAAAGAAAAGGGAAUGCUGCCAAGAUAAGGGAAACAGUAUCUCAUGUUCUUAGAGAAAGUGCUAUUCAGUCAAGGCCCAAACUUGUGGAGCCAGUGGAUUAUGAAACUUACGUGGUCAAGAAUAAAGUUUUGCUGCACAAUGACCCUCAGAGGGAUAUGCUUAACUUCCCACACGAUGACGUUGAAGUACCACCACCGGCUCCUUUGCGGAAGAUGACAACAGCAGUGUCCACAGUUCCAGCGAAUGCUGCGCAAGAAGUAAACAGCUUAAUGGUGAAAGAGUGCUUGAAAACAUACACAAGUGACCUACAGAUGAUCAAAUUCAAAUACCAGGUCUACUCAGGCAGUUACCAACAGUUACCCAACAUCACAAAGAAAGAACCACUACAGGAACAGGUGUUUGAGAUAGAUGCAGAUGCUGAGGAAAAGGAUGAUGACACCAUAAGCCAUGGAUUUAUUUCAAAUAUAGUCAAGAAAGGUUGGUUGAUGAAAGGACCAGAUGGAGGGAAAGACAAUGUGAUCAGUUUUACGAAGCAAUUUAAGCGUAGGUUCUUCCAGUUGAAGCAGCAGUCUGACUAUACUUACAUUCUUGAAAUAUACAAAGAUGACAAAAAAUCUGAUGCCAAAGGUGCCAUUUUCUUAGAUCUAGCUCUUGAAGCUGUGAAGAAUCCUAAAAAGGGCAAAUUUUGCUUUGAGAUAAAAAUGUCAAACCGUCCAUCUUGUUUCCUGGCUGCAGACAAUGAAGCUGACGCUGCUGAUUGGAUAAUUACAUUAAAUAAAGUUAUUAAUUCUGCUGAAACCUCAUCACAAGCUUCAAGGGAGAGCAUCAAAGAAGAUAACCCCACAUCUGGAACCCAGGAGAACUACAAAGAGAGUAGCAUCAAUCAUCCAGUAGUGAAGUAUUGCAGAGAAACAGAUUCCUCCUUAGCCAAGGCCAGACAGGAAGCCAGACAGAAUCUGUUUGCCAUUUAUCCCGACAUGAGGAGAAAUGUGAACUUUGAUGAAGAAAUUGAUGAUGAAGAGGAAGGAGAAAUUGAUGUUUUCCCGCGUCAGUAUGCUGAGAAGUUCUUGCUGCGUUUUGUGGAGCUGAGGUUUAGUCUGCAGCUCUAUGAAGAGCUAAAGGGAACAAAAAAGUGCAAUCCUGAGCCAUUUUUUCUCACCUUUGCCAUGUACGAUGCCAAACAAGGGAAGAAAAUCUCCGAAGAUUUCCACAUUGACCCGAAUGACCCUGAGAUCCGUGCCAUGAUACCCCCAGAGCUUCUGCUUGCAACUGACCGGUUGCACUCCAUCAAUGGGAAAGAUCCUACGUCACCUGAUGUCAGGGGGAUGAAGGUUGAAUGGCUGGCACAGUCCCACAGACAGGGUAUUUUUUCAAUAGUUCAGCGCCAUCAAGACAUUUACCUGGUAGCUCGGAUAGAGAAAGUCCUACAAGGGCCAAUCAACCAGUGUAUAGAGCCAUAUCUAAAGGGCAAUGACCCCAAAAUGGCUGUGAAAGUCUAUCGCCAGAUGAAGCAGUUCUGUUCCAAUAUUGGUCACUACCGCAUGCCCUUUGCCUGGUCUGCUGUAGCUCUGUCACCAGAUGGUGGGAUGCCUCAUGGUUUAACCAGGCUGCCACUGUACAGACAGGAAACUUCCAAGUUCUCCGAGGAAGAACUGAUGAAACAGUUGCAAGACUUGAGAAGACCUGAGAAAAAAUCAAAGCUGCAAGAAAUUCCUGGUGAUUUUAAAGUAUUCAUUGAUCAGCUUGAUCCAGAGAAGCAUAUAGAAUUUACUCUAACCCCAUCACUUGUACCAGUGAAGCCCUUCACAGAGCCUACACCCAACAGUAUUCCAACCAUUGAGAUAGAAGAGUUCGUGCCUGAUGUUGCCUCCCUUUGUAGUUCAUUUGAUUCUUACAUUAAUAACCUUUAUGUUAGGCCCAUGUCUCUCAAAUUUGAUGGCCAGAAAGCUUUUGCUAAGGCCAGGAACAUUGCCUGUUGUAUAGAGCUGAAGGAGUCGGAUGAGGAAGGAGCUGUUCCCUUGAAGAGAAUUUAUGGCAGACCAGGCGUUUCAGUGUUUACUACGACUGCUAGCACUACAGUACUACAUCAUGCCCAGACUCCUGAUUUUAUGGAGGAGGUGAAGAUUAACCUGCCAGUUCAGCUAAAGGAAAAACACCAUUUGUUUUUCCGCUUCUAUCAUGUGAGUUGUGAAGGGUCAAAGACAGGGGGAGGGAAGCCAACAUCAGGGAAGAAAAGUCUGAUAGAGAUUCCUGUGGGUUGUGCCUGGCUGCCGUUGCUGCAUGAAGGAAGAGUUGUGACAGGGGAAAAAUCCAUCCCAGUUUCAAUGCAUGUACCCUUCAACUACCUCAGUCAUGACACUCUCUCACAAGGAAAAUUGACUAGCUCAGAUGUGAAGUGGGUUGAUGGAGGAAAACCUCUGUUCAAACUGAACCUACACUUGGUGUCUACAGUCUAUACACAGGAUCAGCAUCUUCACAAUUUUUUCCUGCACUGUCAAAAAGUGGAAUAUGGUGGAGCACCGGGGCUAGAGACUAACAACGUUAACAAAAUUAAGCUGGAAAAUGGUGACUGUGGGUCCCCUCAAGACAUAAAUUAUGUUGCACCUUCAGAGUUACAGGCCCUGUCCAAUGGGGUCAAGUCUCUACUAGCUGUGGAGGUCUCGACUUAUGUUCAGUUCCUGCCCACACUACUUAACCAGCUGUUUCAGCUCCUGUCAAAAACUGCAAGUGAAGAUAUAGCAGUGAAUUCAGUCAGGGUUCUAAUCCAUGUUGUGUCAGGUGUUUAUGAUGCACUAAAACAUGAAUCUCUGGAGAAAUAUGUCAAGUACUUGUUUCGUCCAGAGCCAGCAUCAAAAGCCAACAAGAACCAAAGAACUGUCCAUGAGGAACUGGCCAAACAUUUGUCCUCCAUUCUGCGACCUGCAAACACUGACCCUCUUGUGGUGGUCAGAUUUUUAAAACACGCCGGCUUCUUUUUCGAGGUCAUCCUGAAGAGUAUGACCCUUUAUUUGAUAGACACAGACAGGAUAAAGAUGCCUCGUAAUGAGAGGUUUACAGCAGAGUGCCAGUUCAGGCUCCAGAACCUUCUGCACGUGGUGACCCUACACAUCAUACAGAAGUGUUCAGACCACAGGGAGGAGACCAAAAGUGCCAACCAGAGUUUGGCCAACUUUGUCAAGAAUUGUUUUACCCUGAUGGACCGGGGCUAUGUGUUCAAGCUAGUGGCUAAAUAUAUAGAAAAUUUUAACCCAGGUGAUAGCAAGUAUCUGCAAGAUAUCAAGUUUGAAUUUCUUCGUAUAGUUUGUAGCCAUGAGCACUUCAUUCCCUUGUCCCUGCCAUUGAUGAGGAGAGGGAUGGUUAAAAACUUUAAAGACUCUGUCCACACAAUGGAGUAUCUGAAACACGACUACUGCCUGUCAGAUGAGUACAGACAGCACCACUACCUUGUUGGUCUACUGCUGUUUGAGCUGCGCAUGGCCAUGACAGAGCAGCGCUUGAUCCGCCGGUCAGCCAUCACUGUUCUCAGGAACCAGCUGGCCAAACAUUCGUUUGAUGACAGAUAUGCCUCGGGGUCCCAGCAGGGGAGGAUAGCAGCCCUGUACCUGCCACUGAUUGGAGUGCUGCUGGACAGCAAACAUCUACUCCUACAAAUUCCUCUCAAAUCUGCUCCAGCUCCUGUUCCACUACAGAAUGGGGACAUUAGCUCCAAGUCAGAUGUCAGCAAGUCUCAAAUGAGUCUAGCCAAAGGUCAAAGUUCACCUGCUCUCCCUAGCACACCGGAACCCAAAAAGAAAGACUCGGCUGUGUUUGAGAUGAUCUCAGGGACGGGUGAGUGUCCUGUUGCUGUCCCACACCACCCUAACGAGUUAACAGUAGCAGCUGCCUCAGGACAUAAGGGAAGUAACUCAUCACUGGCCAGUGACUCUUCUGGAGAGAAAGAAAGUGGAAACAAGAAAGAUGGCAAGAUUGUCACAAGAAUGUCGUCCACUGUGUCCAAGACUCCAUCAGCAGCCACAUAUGUGAGCAGGGAGAAGCUGGACACUACAGAGAUCAGGGACCUGCUGGUGUGUUUCCUGCACGUGCUCAAACACCUCCCAGAAGACAUUCUACUUGGCUGGUUCAAUAAUUCAUCAGAGAUUGAUAUAAUUGAUUUCUUUGCUAUCAUGGAGCUAAGUCUGAAGCAUUUCCAGUACCAGGGGCGAAAGAAGAUAGUCACUCUAAGUAUGAUUGGUGGUCAAAAGUCUUCCACAAUGCCAACACCGUUACAAAAUCAGCGUGGGCGGCCAAUUAGUCUUUCCUCACAGAGAACACCUAGUCAGUACGGAGAUUUGAUACCUGAAGCAUUUCAUACUCCCACUGCAUCAGAUGGUGAUGCAAUGAUUCGAGCCUUACAAGAAGCCAACAUCUCCACAGAAGUUGGCCUGAUAGUUUUAGACAUUCUCAGUCUCUUCUGUACCACGUUUAAGAAAGAUCUAGAAGCCAGAGGGGGGGACAACAACAUGAUGCAUACCGUGUUCCAGCUGUACCUGGGCUUCCUGCGCUCCAGCCAAUCAGAAACUUUACAGAAACACGUCUUUGGUGCCUGGAGGGCUUUCAUUAAAAAGUUUCAAGCUGUUUUGUUUAAAGGAAGUGCAGACAUGUGUGGGGAGCUCUGCUUUGAGAUCCUAAGGUGCUGCAACUCUAAGCUGAACUCCACCAGACGUGAGGCUUGUGCCCUGCUGUAUUUAUUGAUGAGGAGUAAUUUUGAAUUCUCAAACCGGAAGAGCUUUACAAGAGUCCAUCUGCAGGUGAUCAUAUCUGUGUCUAAGCUGAUAGGUGCCGUGGUGGGACUGAGCACAACCAGGUUCCAGGAGAGUCUGGCUAUAGUCAACAACUACGCCAACAGUGACAAGAGCAUUCAGUUCUUAGAUCAGAAGGAGAUUGUAAAAACUCCCUUCCCUGGGGAGGUGAGGGACCUGACCAAAAGAAUCCGAACUGUUCUGAUGGCCACGGCCCAGAUGAGGGAGAAUGAAAAUGACCCGGAGCUGCUAGUUGACCUCCAGUACAGCUUGGCCAAAUCUUAUGCUAGUACGCCUGAACUCAGGAAGACAUGGCUUCAGGCCAUGGCCGUCCUGCACAUACGGAGAGGAGACUUCUCAGAGGCUGGCCUCUGUUACAUCCACAUAGCAGCCUUGGUUGCUGAAUAUCUGAAAAGAAAAGGGAGGUUAAAAUCUAGAAGCUACCCCCAGGGUUGCGCAUCCUUUGGGUACAUCUCCCCCAAUAUUGUUGUAGAGGAGACUGGGAUCAAAGAUGACAGUGGUAUGCAAGAUGUCCAGUAUUCAGAGGAAACCCUGGUGGAGUAUCUGGAGAAAGGUGCGGAGUUCUUAGAGAAGGCUCAGAGAUAUGAAAUACUGGGAGAAAUCUAUAAGCUUGUUAUUCCAAUCUAUGAGAAACUCAGAAAUUUCAAGAAACUAGAGAGCAGCUACCUUUAUUUAUCCCGAGCCUAUGCUAGUGUUCUAGAUGUAAUGAAAACAGGCAAGAGGCUGCUGGGGAAAUAUUACAUGGUGACUUUAUAUGGGCAGACGUACUUUGAAGAUGAUGACAAAAAAGAAUAUAUUUACAAGGAGCCCAAGGUCACAACCUUGACAGAGAUCAGAGAAAGGUUGCAUAAAUUAUUUUGUGAGAAAUUUGGUCGGGAGAAUGUACAGAUGAUUAAUGAUUCCAAAAAGAUAUCUCCAGGUGACCUUGACCCUAAGUAUGCCUACAUUCAAAUCGUCUAUGUCACACCUUACUUUGAAGAAAAUGAUCUGGCCAACCGGGUCACAGAAUUUGAGCGUAACAACAAUGUUCGCAACUUCAUGUACGAGCUGCCCUUUACCAGGUCAGGCAAGGAGCAAGGCAGUAUAGAGGAGCAACAUAAACGCAGGUUCAUCAUCACAACAACUCAUUCAUUCCCAUAUGUGAAGAAGAGGAUUGAGGUGAAGGAGGGGGGUAGGAAGGAGAUAAUCUUGACCCCAAUUGAGGUGGCCAUUGAUGAGAUGAGGACAAAGGUCGCUGACCUCAGGGAGGCCAUCAACAGUCCAGUCCCAGACAUGAUCAGACUUCAGCUCAAGCUGCAGGGAGGUGUAAGCACUCAGGUGAAUGCAGGUCCAUUGGCUUAUGCUGAAGCUUUCCUGAAUCCAGAGAAAAUUGCCCAGUAUCCGGUGGAUAAGAGUGAUAGGUUGAAAGCUAUUUUUAGAGAGUUUGUGACAACAUGUAAAGAUGCCCUUGACCUUAAUGCCAAGCUUAUAGCCACGGAGCAGAAAGAAUACCACGAAUCCUUGAAGGCAGGUUUCCAGGAGAUAGCAGAGAGGUUGUCUAUCCUGUUAGGGGAGAAGAUAGUUCCGCAUGAUUGGCUGGGCAGUCAUCAAAGACAGUCAAUGACAUUUAUAGGAGGCCUCUCUGUUGGCACCAGCUCAGCAUAGUCAUCUGUGGUUGUGUGGUUUGUGUGGUUAUUCUGGACUAGGUGAUGGUUGAACCAUCCUUCUAGGGGGGGUCAUUCUGGACACAGUGGCGGUUGAACCAUCCUUCAAGAGGGUCAUUCUAGACAAGGUGGUUGACCUGUUCUUCUACUGGGAUAUUCUGUUGAACUAUCUAAACUUCUGGACAAGAGGGAUAACAGUUUGAUGUGAGCCAGUUGAUCCUUCCUAUGUACUCACUUAAAACUCAUCCUGAUUUCAGGAACAUAUUCUACGUGUAGGCCUAAGCUACUUAAUGUUUGAUGUAAGCAGGGACAUUAAUAAUAGCAUUAACGUGAGACAUAGCCUUUAAGUACAUUGGUUUUUUUUUUGGCUCUCUUAAAGUGCACUUAUAAUCUACCCAUGAAUCAAAACACUUUUUUGUGACUUUCAAAAGGGAGCUUAAUUGUUCGGAUUUUUUUUGUAGCUAACUGAUGUGUUAAGCUUUUGUCAAACAUACUAAAUAAGGGGUCAUCUAUUUAUGACGUCCACAAAUUUUUUGGAUUGUGGAACCCCCUCCUCUUUCUCCCCCCCCCCCCCUCCCCCGUCUACAAAAAUCCACUUAAUUCCCUUUCAAAAGACCAUUUAAGUCAAUCUUUUUUGGAACCCCCACCAUGUGAACGUCAUAAAUGGAUGACCCCUAAUCAUUUUACCUUAUAUUUAAUAGCAGUUAAAACAUUUUGAAUAGCACAGAUAUUAGAUCUGAUAGUUGUAAUAAGUUAUCCCCCCCCCCCUUCCACUCCUUCCCCUACCCCAGUUUGUUAAUGUGCCACAUUGGUUUUAAAGGUUGUUUUAAAUCUUGCCAGUGUCAAUUCUGUCAAGACAUUUUUGUUUCAAACAACUUUCAAGUUGAUAUCCCAUGUUUUUAAAAGUCUGAAUAAUUCAUUAUUGAAAUAAUUUCUUAACAAAUGUUGUAUAUAGUAUGGCUGCUGGUGUGAUAGACGUGUUGCCAGAUUUUUUGCCAUUUGUUUACCAGAACUAAUUUUGUUAUUUGUACCACCAUGGCUUUGUUUUAUUUUGUUCAUAAUCUGGUAAAAGGUUUUAGUUUGUUGUAAAUAUUGACAAAUGUUAACAUAUAUUGCCUCAUGUGUAUAACUAAUUAGUUGAUGGUCUAGAAAUGUAAAUUACGUACAUUAUGUAUUUUUCCAGCCAAAAUAUUUUAAAUACGUUUUAUCUAUCCAGCUGCUGCAAGGAAUCAAAUUUAUUUUAUAUUUUGACUGAGAAUUGUUUACUUUCACUGCCUGCCUUCAUCUUUUUGUUUUCAUUCAGCCAAAAGAUUGCAUCAUUGUUUCCUUUGUUUAAGCUUUAAUAAUAUUUAAUGUUCCUUCUCUUGAUAUCAUAAUACCCUGACAUUGUAGACCAAUCUGUGACAUUAUACAUUUCCCUGACAAUCUCCUGACCUUGUGAACUAGCUGGUGAGACUGAACACCCUCAUUGUAAUUUAACACUCAUCUUCUCAUCUUGUAUCUGUGAUAUAACCAUUUCAAUAAACACUUGGACACAUUUUUAAGAAAAGGAAAGAUAAUUCAUGAACCCUACAAAAUUUCACAUUUGCCGCAGAAGAAAAUAGAACUUCUGGGCUUUCUGCUAAAAGCAAGUAAUUUUUUAAGUUUACUUAAACCCAAUAAAGAUGAAAUUACUAAAAAAAAUAUAAUUUUAAAAAGAUCUUUACAAGUGUGAAGAAAGAAUUAAAGUCUGUAAUUUUCUACCAAUUUUGCUCUACACACUAUCAAAAAACCGUUUUAUUUCAGUUGUCUCCCUUAGUUUAAAAUUAAAAAAAAAAAUAAAAAAAAUUUACAUUUGGUUUGGCUUAGUAAAUUAUUUAAUAUAACCUCCCAACUGCCCCAGUAGUUUCUUUUUUUCUCUCAACAAAACACUUUUCAUCUCUGUCCUCAUCUUGUUAAAUAUCUAAGAUUUUUUAUGAAAUUACACAUUUUUUGUGUUAACAAUCUGUUUAAUGUUGUACAUGUGUACUAAAUGUUUUCAGAUGUUUGUUUGCUACAACUGUUGUGGUACUUGUUGAAAUGUGGAAAAGUGCAGUUAAAAAAAAAGACAAAUCUUGAGAUUCAGAUGUUUAAAAUUCUAAUUUUAGACCAUUUUUGAGACCAUGAAAAAGGAAAAUUUCUCAUAAACGUUCAAAUGUUCUUGGUCUAAUUUGUUAAUUUUCAAAAGAUGAAAAAUGUGUUAAUUUUCAAAAGAUAAAAAAUGUGUUAAUUUUCAAAAGAUAAAAAAAAAGUGCUAAAAAGAUAAAAAAUGUUGCCUUGUGUUCAGUGUGCUUGUUUUUUUCCCUUGCUGCUGUGAUAUGUCAGGACAAGUCAAUCAGCCGUUACAUAUGCACACGAUUUCUUUGGUUUGUUCUUUGUGCUGCCCUCUUCCUGUUUAUUAUUUGAUACUUGAGUAUAACUUUUAUCACAGGAACAAACAAAAAUUUUUGGAACAACUUGUAUAAGGUUUUUUUAUAACUUAGAAUAGAACAAUCUCUCUUUAAAAGUAAACACCUGUCUGUGUACCUGGACGACUUCCAUAACAAUCACCACCAUAUGAUUGAUUUAUUACCCAGAUAUAUUUGAUAUUUUUAAAUUGGUAGUGACAAAAACCAGCAUUGGCUAGUUAUCUCCCUUUCCCAUAUCCAGCUUGUGCUCUCCCUUCAUCCUCUGGUCAAUAUUUAAUUAAUUUAUUUUUAUGGUUUUAACUUUGUUUCAUCUGGGAAUGCAUGAACUAUCUGCACUGGAAGCUUCAGAUGAACCAGUUGUAUUGUGGCUUCCAUAUCAACCGACUGAAAUAUACACCAAAUAUUUUUAUUUUUUAAUUAAUUUUGUCAAGUGUGAAUUUCCUUUUUUUUUUAACUGCAGUUUGAGUUUUUACUUCUAACACCUACAUUUAUUUUCUUGGUCAGGGUCCUAAUGAAAAAUGUGUGUAGUUGUGUUCUUGGUUAUAUUCAUGACUAACCUAUUUACAACUUUACCUAAAUAAAUCUAGUUAGAAAAGAUGAUAAUAACUCAUUAUAUUAACAUUUGAAGUCAAAUUAUUUUUUUUUUUUUGCCUAUUUUUCGGCUCACAAUUUUUAAAUUGUGCUCACAAAUUUUUUAAAUUGAAUGUUGUUGUACAGGGUGCUGAAAAAUUAUGUCUAAGUCCAGAGAGAAACAGUUUUUUAUUUUGCUCACCAGCACACAUGUAUUGGUUGUUUGAACUGCUCACACCUAACAUUAAAGCCUUUACCUAGCAUGCAGUAUACCUUAGCUCAGUCAUUCAAAUAAAACCCCUCCAUUAUUAUCAACGUUAUACAUAACAAAUUUUUUAAAAAUAUUAAUUGAACUAUGUAUUCAUCUUUAUAUAUAAGAUAAUCCUAUUAAAAUAUUACUAUUAAUUGUGUUUAAAAGUAAAGCAAGAUGAUCUAUUCACUCGUACAAUAUUAAGAAUUAAUCUAGCCAAUACAAGGCAUGGUGAAGCUAACUACAAUUUUUCCCACUUAAAUUACUACAUACAGAAUCAUUGACUAACAUAACAUUAGCACUGCUAUGCAAUGUCAUACAGGCAUAUUAUUGUUUUCAAUGUGUGCCUUUUAUAACCCAGUGUUUUAUUCUUCUUCUGACCAAACCAGAUCUUCACCACCCAACCUGCUGAUUAGUGCACCUCUACCAUGUUGCCAGCUAGCGCUAGUGUUGGCCUCUGUUCUGUCAUAAUGUAACGAACACCCCAUAUUUUUCACACGUAGAUUUCAUCCACUGUUUGAUAUUAACACAAGAUGACUUAAUAUUUAUUUGGCUUUUUUUUUAAAAGAGUUGUUCAUACAUGUAUUUUUUUUUGUUAUGAUCAAAAUUUGUGUAACGCAUUUUGUUUUAUAUCAGAUUUUUUUAGCUUGUCUAUAAAUAAAUGUAUGUUACUCAUUAUGAUCAAUAAAUUUAUUUGUAAAA